GGGGUGAAAAAAAAGCCCCAGCAGCUCUCGCGAAAUAAAAAAGGGAGCAGCUUUUAUCUCCCUAUUUAUCUCGCUCGGCGCCCCUUCGAUUUUCUCUCGACCCUAUAGAAGACGAAUUUGAGCAACGAACCCUAACAUCAGCAGCAAACCCUAAAAAGGCGAAAAGGGCAAAGGUCGAGUAUCGAUAUGACUCUUUUGUGAGGUCCCCUGGACGCGAGAAGGUUGCAAUGUACGCCAGGAGGAUUAAGAGUAGAAGUGUGAACUUGAGUUCUCUGCUAUGGAAUUCUUCUCGUCAUUCUAGGCCUAAGCAAAAGGAAAUUUCAUCAUCUUAUGGAGUUCAUCAAACAGAGCAAUGUUCUGUUAGAAAGUUUAGUUCCAUUCCACUUUCUUUACAAAGUGCUGGUUCUUUAGGAAUUUUGAGGAGGCGGCAGUUUUGUUUUCUGUAUAAUUCAUGUAGAUGUUAUAGCUCAGAUGGUAAAGGAAGUAAUGCCAGUGAGGGUAAGCACGUACCCGUUGCAGAUGCCAUUAAUUUUGAUCAGGCGAAGAGCACAAAUGAAGGGGUCAUAAGGGAUUCAAAAAUAAGCAGCGAGCAUGCUUGGCUUGGCGAACAGGACCAGCAAGAGUGGCUCAAGAGUGAAAGAUUUUCUAUUGAUAGCAAACGCAAAGAAUCUCCAUUCUUAACCAAGCGAGAGAGGUUCAAGAAUGACUUUUUGCGGAGGGUGGUUCCAUGGGACAAGAUCCCGGUUUCAUUGGAGAAAUUUCCUUAUUAUAUUGAGGAACACACAAAAAACUUGCUGGUAGAAUGUGCCACUUCCCAUUUGAAACAUAAAAAACUCGCAACAACUUAUGGCUCUCGAUUGAGCUCGUCAAGUGGGAGGAUAUUGCUUCAAACAGUCCCAGGAAUGGAGCUUUAUCGGGAAAGAUUGGUCAGAGCUCUUGCUCAUGAUUUACAGGUUCCGCUGAUGAUGCUUGACAGCAGUGUCCUUGCCCCAUACGACUUUGGUGACGGCUGUGCCUCAGAAAGUGAGGCAGAAGAUGAAAACGGGGAAUCAGGAGAAGAAUGCACAUCAGAGGCAGAGUCUGAAGGUGAGAAUGAUGAAACCAAUGAAGAAACGGGUGAAAGUGAUGAUGAUGAUGUUGACGUUCGUGCAUCAGCUGAAGCCCUCAAGAAGCUUGUACCGUGUACCAACCUUGAGGAAUUUGCAAAGAGAGUCUCUGCGGAACUUGAAGGUGAAACAGGUGCAACUCAAUCUAAUUCUGCUGGAUCUGUAGAAGAGCAAAAAAAGACUCUCAAAAAGGGAGACCGGGUAAAGUAUGUUGGUGAAUCUGUGCAUAUUGAAGCUGAUAACAGGAUCAUUUUGGGGAAAAUUUCAACCACUGAUGGUUCAACAAAUGCCUUUACGUUAAUUAGUGGCAGGUCUUUGCCAAAUGGGCAGCGUGGAGAAGUAUAUGAAAUCAAUGGAGAUCAAGUAGCUGUCAUUCUUGACAGCUCCAAGGACGAAAUGAAGGAAGGAGACAAUGACGAGAAUCUUAAGAAAGAUGGAAAACGAUAUGUCUACUGGUUUAACAUUCAGGAUAUCGUGCAUGAUCUUGAUACACAAUCAGAAGAUUGGUAUAUAGCAUUGGAGGCACUUAUUGAGGUUCUGCCAUCUUUGCAACCACUUAUAAUCUACUUUCCCGACUCUUCUGAGUGGCUGUCUAGGGCAGUUCCCAAGUCACAUCGCAAAGAAUUCAUUAACAAGGUGGAAGAAAUGUUUGACCAGCUUCAAGGGCCCGUAGUUUUGAUUUGUGGACAAAACAUAAUAGAAGCUGGAACCAAGGAGAAAGAAAAAUUUACUGUGGUGGUCCCUCAUCUUGGUCGACUGGCUCUGCCUGUUCCAUUGAAGCGAUUAACUGAAGGACUGAGAGCGGCAUCCAAGUCCUCAAAAGAUAAUGAUAUGUCCAAAUUAUUCACAAACACUUUGUUUGUCCAUCCUCCCAAGGAAGAGGAGCUACUUCGGACAUUCAAUAAACAGAUUGCAGAUGAUAGACGAAUCAUCUUGUCAAGGAAUAAUCUUAUUGAACUGCAUAAGGUGCUGGAAGAGCAUGAGCUAUCAUGCGGGGACCUUUUGCUUGUGAAGACGGACGGUGUGAUUUUAACUAAAGAAAAAGCUGAGAAAGUUGUUGGGUGGGCUAAAAAUCACUACUUGUCCGGCAGCACUCUUCCAUCAGUUAAGGGUAAAAAGCUGAUGAUUCCACGUGAAAGUUUGGACAUUGCAAUAUCAAGGAUGAGGGAAAAGGAGAUGGUGUCCACGAAAAGUUUACUAAAUCUCAAGAGCCUUGCAAAGGACGAGUAUGAGAGUAACUUUGUUUCAGCAGUGGUUCCGCCAGAGGAUGUAGGGGUUAAGUUUGAUGAUAUUGGUGCUCUUGAGGAUGUGAAAAAGACGUUGAAUGAGCUUGUCACACUUCCAAUGAGGAGACCAGAGCUGUUUUUACGUGGAAAUUUGUUACGGCCUUGCAAAGGCAUAUUGCUUUUUGGGCCUCCUGGUACUGGAAAAACUCUUCUCGCAAAGGCCCUUGCUACAGAAGCUGGAGCAAAUUUUAUUAGCAUAACUGGUUCAACUCUUACCUCAAAGUGGUUCGGAGAUGCUGAGAAGCUCACCAAGGCUCUUUUUUCAUUUGCCACUCGAUUAGCUCCUGUUAUCAUUUUCGUUGAUGAGGUUGACAGUUUACUUGGAGCUCGUGGUGGUGCUUUUGAGCAUGAAGCAACACGGAGGAUGCGGAAUGAGUUUAUGGCAGCUUGGGAUGGUCUGAGGUCAAAGGACAGUCAAAGGAUUCUUAUACUUGGCGCCACAAACCGUCCAUUUGACUUGGAUGAUGCUGUUAUCCGCCGAUUGCCCAGAAGGAUAUAUGUAGACCUUCCGGAUGCUGAGAACAGGCAGAAAAUUCUUAGAAUAUUACUCUCUCAAGAAAAUCUAGAGCAGGGCUUUAAAUACGAAGAGCUUGCCAAUGCAACUGAAGGAUAUUCAGGAAGCGAUUUGAAGAACCUGUGUGUUGCUGCUGCAUAUAGGCCUGUUCAAGAACUUAUAGAGGAAGAGAAAAAGAGUGAAGGUAGUGCAACACCUCAACUGAGACCUCUUAAUUUAAAGGACUUCAUAGAAGCUAAAUCCAAGGUUGGUGCAUCUGUUGCAUAUGAUGCUGGUAGUAUGAAUGAACUCCGAAAAUGGAACGAAAUGUAUGGGGAGGGUGGCAGUAGGAAGAAAUCACCAUUUGGCUUUGGCAACUGAAUACAGCAUUAAAAAUCGUUCUCUUUUCCCUGAUCAUCUUUUUCCGAUCAAGAUACCCCUAAUUUUUUUUGAAGGCAAAUAAAUCAGCAGAUGUAGAAGCCAGGAGCAGCAAAAUGGCGCACGACUAAGUGUUGUGUUCAGGUCGUACCUAUGCCUGAGCUAUCCGUCUUGUUUGCUAAUUAUGGCUAUGUCGUUUGAUCCUCAGAGGAAAUAUGAGCUUUCAUAAGUUCGCCAAGGGGCUUCACCUUACACUAUAGAAUGCAGAUAACACAAGUUUAGCUAUUCCAAGCUUCAUGAUUCAUAGAACAGUUUUUAUCAGGUCUUUCUUUUAAGCUUCAAUAGACCUUAGUUCUAUAUGUAAUAUGUUAUAUAAUUUUUUUCACUGUAGUGGCAUGUAAUCUUGCUAAUUAUAUGUUAAACUUUGCUUUGCUGAAGAUCAUAGUUCUUGUUAGAUCUGUCGGUGAAAAUUUUCAGAUGCCGUUUUUCCUUGGAUUGACCACAUGUACUGUUGUAAUACACCAAGAGAGCCUGUGAUAGGUGAAUAGAUUUUGACUUAAAUGUAUUUUCUUUCUGCGGCAUA